CCAGUUCGCCACACACGCAGCAAGCCCGAGCCGGUGGAUAGGAGCGGCCUCGCAGGCAGCAGCAACAGCACCACCAGCAGCGGCUCCUCGGAUGGAAUGACUCUUCAUUGUUGAAUGCAUCCUGCCUAUUUGCUAGUGUUUACCUGUGGCAACGCCUUGUCUUUUGGGUUGAAGCCACUUUGUGGCAGACUGAAUUGUGUAUCACAAAAUUUCAAAGGAGCUUGACGCAGAGGAGACAGCUGGAUCACGUUAACCAGACAUCACAGCCACAAUGGUGCUGUCACAGAGGCAACGAGAUGAGCUAAAUCGAGCGAUAGCAGAUUAUCUUCGUUCUAACGGCUAUGAAGAGGCAUACUCUGUUUUUAAAAAGGAGGCAGAACUUGAUGUGAAUGAAGAAUUAGAUAAGAAAUAUGCUGGGCUCUUGGAAAAAAAAUGGACAUCAGUUAUAAGAUUACAAAAGAAAGUUAUGGAAUUAGAAUCCAAAUUAAAUGAAGCUAAAGAAGAAUUUACAUCAGGUGGGCCUCUUGGUCAGAAGCGAGAUCCUAAAGAAUGGAUUCCCCGUCCUCCAGAAAAGUACGCAUUAAGUGGGCACAGAAGUCCAGUCACAAGAGUAAUUUUCCAUCCAGUUUUCAGUGUUAUGGUCUCUGCUUCAGAGGAUGCUACAAUAAAGGUAUGGGAUUAUGAGACAGGUGAUUUUGAACGCACCCUGAAAGGCCACACAGAUUCUGUGCAGGAUAUUUCCUUCGACCAUAGUGGCAAGCUACUGGCCUCUUGUUCUGCAGAUAUGACCAUUAAGCUAUGGGAUUUCCAAGGCUUUGAGUGCAUCAGAACCAUGCAUGGACAUGAUCAUAAUGUUUCUUCAGUAGCCAUCAUGCCCAAUGGGGAUUAUAUAGUAUCUGCUUCGAGGGAUAAAACCAUCAAAAUGUGGGAAAUUCAAACAGGCUACUGUGUGAAGACUUUCACGGGGCAUCGAGAAUGGGUCCGCAUGGUACGGCCUAACCAGGAUGGCACGCUGAUUGCCAGCUGUUCUAAUGACCAGACCGUGCGUGUCUGGGUGGUAGCAACAAAGGAGUGCAAAGCUGAACUUAGAGAACAUGAGCAUGUAGUAGAGUGUAUUUCCUGGGCUCCCGAGAGCUCUUAUUCCACCGUAUUGGAAGCUACAGGAUCUGAGACUAAGAAGAGUGGUAAGCCUGGGCCUUUCCUGCUUUCUGGAUCUAGAGACAAGACCAUUAAGAUGUGGGACAUUAGUACUGGCAUGUGCCUUAUGACCCUUGUGGGCCAUGAUAACUGGGUACGUGGUGUCCUGUUCCACUCUGGUGGUAAAUUUAUUUUGAGCUGUGCCGAUGACAAGACCUUGCGUGUCUGGGACUACAAGAACAAAAGAUGCAUGAAGACUCUUAACGCGCAUGAACAUUUUGUUACCUCGUUGGAUUUCCACAAGACAGCGCCCUAUGUGGUCACCGGCAGCGUAGAUCAAACAGUAAAAGUCUGGGAGUGCCGUUGAUUGGAUUUACAUCUGACCCCCCUCCCUCCCCUCCCUCUCCCUCUGGAUGCACUCGGAUACCAUGGUUACCCAUUGAGCUCUGUUUAAAAUAAAUAUUGUCCUUUCAUGUAAAUUAUUCUGGAUGUAGAUUGAGCUUAUUAAAUGUUACACACAAAGUAUUCAUGCAUGGUGAAUCCAAAUUGUAUACUGUAAAUUUACAUACGUUGUCUAGAAGUACCAUAGGUUUAAGAAUUUGGGCUGGCAUUGGUCACAUCAGACCUAAGAAGGCAGAAGCCGGUUGGUUGAAUUAGGGGCACUUAAACUGGUGACAGCAAAAUCAUUCUGUACUGGAUAAGCUGAAUCCCCGACUCUACUGUUGGUGGUGCCUAUUUACUAAGUGACUCAUAACGGGGGUUCUUUUUGGGGGCGGGGGCGGGAGGGUUAUUUCAGAAACACGUAUCUCUGUAACAUCACUUAAGUAUGCUUAAGAAAUCUAAAGAUACUAGAUUUAAAACAAAGCUGCAACUUAGAAUCUUAAAUGUAAUUAAUGGAAACAAAUAAAAUUUCUGGUUUUUUCCCCCCCCGUCAUGGUAUUUGCCAAAUCAAUAGGAUAUAUAUUUAUUUUGGUUUCCUAUCGCGUUUAAAAGAAGAAGAAGAAAGUUAGUAUGUUCAUACUAACAGGCUGCAAAAUAGGAAGAGAACCUUGGUAUGAUGUGUGUGUGUUUUUUUUUUCCCCCUUCCCAAUUUGGUUGUCACGACAUCCUUGCGUUCUAACAUUUGACGCUUCACGCAAAACCCAUUAUAGGAAGCUGCUAGCAUUGCUCUUCCUUAGCUACCACUUGGAGCAGUCAGAUGUGAAUCUCCCAGUUGACUCCAGAGGGUUCAGCCAACGCCGUCUUCUCGGUUGGUUUUGAUUAUGGUUUCAGGUUCGUGCAAAGCCAACAGUAGGGAAAGCCAUCACCCCUCUUCCCCCGUCUUCCCAAACCCCCCAAAAGCUGCUGGAGGUUUAUUAAGUGGGACAAUACUUUACUCCCAUCCUUUUUCCACUUAGUAACUUCUCAAAGCAAGCAGUCCCAGAUUUUGGAAUGUUUUGUGGAAAACGUAGCAAGCUCUUACAGUACUACAAAAAUUCCUGUUACAGCAAAUGAAAAACAGUUACAUGCUAACUGAUAGUUUGCAAGUUUUUAGAUCAGCAUUUCUCAACCUUAGCCACUUUAAGAUGAGUGGACUUCAGCUUCCAGAAUUCCCCAGCCAGUUUUGCUAUGCUAGCUGGAGUUGAAGUCCACUCAUCUUAAAGUGACUUAAGAUUGAAAAACACUGAUCUAGAUCAUUUCACAACCACAUUUUGUUCCUUUAAAGCCCCCCAACUUAUUCUUGAGGAAAUAUGGGCUACAGUCCUAUUUCAAUAUGGAAAAUUGGAAGAAAAAUUGUUCCUAAUGUCGAUCUCCUAAUAGAUGUACUUAUCCUAUUAUGCAUUAUGGGUCAACUGCUCUUUUACUCCCCAUAAAGUCUAAUCUGAACUGAUCAGGCAUAGCUUUUUCUACUCCCAAAUCCGCUACUUACUAAUGUAGCAAGCUGCCAGUUGGACCUAUUUUAAAAGAAAUGGUUAUUUGAUUUUAUUUGUUCUAUGACUUAUUUAACAAAGAAACAAAAAGCGUCCCUUUAAACCCAAGUCACAGAAACAGUGGAGGAUUUGAAAUGCAUGCCAAGAGAAAAGAAGGUUUCAUCACAAACAUUGGUUCACCCCGUUGAUUUUUUUUCUGUGUGUGUUGUGUGUGUGUUGAGGGCAUUUGGGUUUCUUAUCCAGGAACUAGGCGACCAAAGGUAGCUCGAGAAUAGUGGCAGGAUGUGAUCCUGUCAUUUUGUGGUCAAUAAGAACUUCCUGCUUGUAGACCUUGGAUAUUGGAGGUUUUCUAUUUUAAAGCGAUGGCUCUGGUUUUUUUGAGCGUGUAACAAUUCCUGCUAACAGCUGAAAAAUAUUUCUUGGCCAGAUGUAGUGACUCUAAUGGUUGUUUUUUUUUUUUUUUUAAGUGGAAGUAACUGUCUUUGCAUAAUCAGUGAAACAAGGGUACCUUACUAAUGGGAGCUUACCACUAUUGUGUUUUUCUACCGAAACGGCAAAUAGAAAUUGAGGCCAAAUAGUUCCCCCCCCCAUUUAUUUAGGGGGAAAGGAACUUGCAAAUUUGCCCCUUAAUUAAUAGUCCAUCGUCAGUAAGCAUUCUCAGGGAUGGUUGUGGGUUUAACUAGUUAACUAAGCCACGUUUUUCAACACAACACCGAGUGAGGGGGAAAAAAGUUCACUGUUGAAGCAUUUGGUCAUUUCGAUCAUGGGCAAAGUGGCUACAAAACGCCAGAUUUCUGUACGGACAGUUCUGUGUGUCUGUUCAAUUGCAAGCAGUUUUCUUGAACCAUUCCAGAACUGCAGGAGCUGAGACUCUGCCCGUGAAAAAUCCUAGAUCCAGGGUUAGAUUAGUUUUUUGGGUUUUUUUGGUUCUUUCACCUGAAAAAAGUGCAAACUUUUAUUUUAGGGGUUUUUUUUUUUUGGUGGUGGUGGUUUGAACACAAUCCAAAAACUUAAGUCAGGGUGUCCAAUUUUGGCAACUUUAAAACAUGUGGACUUCAACUCCCAGAAUUCCCCAGCCAGCCAUGCUGGCUAGGGAAUUCUGGGAGUUGAAGUCCACAGGUUUUUAAGAGUUGCCAAAAUUGGACACCCUUGACUCAAGUCUUGGAGCAAUCUGCACUUUACACUUUUUCUUUCUUUUUUUUUUUUUAAAACCGUCCUACUUUGGUGUGUGGUGUGACCAAUGAUGUGCCCAGAGCACUAAUAAAGAAAAAAUUUUAAAAAAAAUACCACAAAAUACUAGUUGCUAGCAAGUUGUCAAGAGCUGUGGAGCACUGUAGUCUUUUGAAAGCUUUGGCGAUUGCUUCACUGUCUCCUUCCCCCAAUCUCCCGUAUCCCUUUCCAGGUCUGUUCUGUCUGCUGCUCUUUCUGUUUUGCCUCUUACCUUUCUUUAUGUCAGUCGAAGGAGUCGGUCAAAUUCAUCCUUAAACGGCCUUUUCUCGUUCCUCUGUUCCCGUGACUCCACAACCUGAUCCAUUGAAAGCUAUUUAAAAACGAUAAUAUUUUGCGUUGGGUUUGGCACACAGUUGUGGCUUGAAAAUCCUGAAAUGCCGUUUGGAAUGUAAAAUGGACCGAAUUUUGAGAAAGAGAGAAUGACUUCUCCGUUGAUGAUUUCACAGUUAUGUAAUUUUUUUUAAAAAAAAAAAUGCCCAAGGUACUAGUUACUAUAAAUCUCUAUUGAUGAUGGUGUAUAAAGUUAGCAAAAGUGAUUGGGGAGGAAAUAGGAUAAGGUUGAUUUUUUUUUAAAAAAAAUGUGGAACUGGAUUUAGCAAGUCACAACUGGAUAUUAAGUUGGUUCCCCUUCCUUUUUUUCCCCCCUCUGUCCUUGUAACUGCUUUCUUGUCCUAAGCACAUCCUUUGAAUUUUUCCAAAGUUCUUUCUGGAAGUAAUUAGCAAAAAUUGUCCAUGUUUUAGAAGUUUGACACUGACAAGAAGACACAAGUCUCUCUCUCUCUCUCUCUCUCUCUCUCUCUCUCUCUCUCUCUCUCUCUCUCUCUCUCUCUCUUUUUUUUAAUCCAGUAAGAGCGAUGUAGAAAUUGCUAUUGGAGAACGUUUUUCCUCACCCCCCAGAAUGUAGGAGUUAACUGAAGAUAUUGACACGAUUAAAAUAAAAAAACAAAAAACAAAAAAUCAGUAAAGGAAUGUAUAUAAUACUGCUCUGUGUUUUACAGUAAGAUUUGUUGCUCUCAGACUGUGUAAAACAAAAUUUAUUCAUGUUUUCUGCAUAUUAAAACAAAAAUCUUAUUGUACCAAUUGGUAAACUAUUAAAUGAAUAUAAAACUAAA